GAGCCGCGUCAUGGCCGCCGGGCGCCUCCCGCCGGGCGCGCUCAGCCUCAAGCAGUUCCUGAGGCGGCAGCAGGUCCUUCAGCUGUACCGCAAAAUCCUGCGGGCUAUUCGGGAGGUCCCGGCUGAGCAGGAUCGGCGCUACUUAAAGGACUGGGCCAGGGAGGAAUUCAGAAGAAAUAAGGAUGCUACAGAAGAGGAUGCAAUCAGGAUGAUGAUUACUCAAGGCAACAUGCAACUUCAGGAACUUCAGAGAACACUUAAGCUGGCAAAAUCCUGAUCUUCGUUUUGUUGACAGUUGGAUUUUUUAAUUGCAAAUAGGCACAUUGCUUUUUCCAGAAUGUGGUAAGAAUGGCAGCCUUUGCUGGCAAACUGGUAAUGUUUGAAGGAAGAAUCUACCACAGUGGGGGUUUUGCUUUUUUCCCCUUCCCCAUGCAUUUCUCAGUUUGGCUACCCUCAGAAGUUGAAAUCCCUUGGGCACAAAGGACAUUAAAGAACUGCAUGGAUGAUGUAGCAUGUGCUGCAGACAAAGCAGAAAGCACCAAAAAUUACAACAGCUUUGUUAAUGCCAGUGCAGUGGAAAAUAAAUAUAUGCCAGAUUA